UUCCAGAAUGGCACCAUACAAAGAAGGUGAAGUGAAAAUGGAUAAUAUGACAAAGAUAGUUGAUCCUGUCAAACCCCAUUGUGCCAGCAACGUCCAUGUUAAUCUGCAUGUCUCCAAGGUUGUGGUUCAUCCGCUCGUUUUACUUUCUGUAGUUGAUCAUUUCAAUCGCGUGAGUAAAACUCAAAAUGUAAAACGUGUGGUUGGUGUUCUGUUAGGCAGCAUGAAACCGGACAGGACGCUUGAUAUUGCUAACAGCUUUGCUGUUCCUUUUGAUGAGGAUGAGCGAGACAAGAAAACUUGGUUUCUCGAUAUGGAUUAUCUAGAAAGCAUGUAUGGCAUGUUCCACAAAGUUGCUGCACGCGAAAGGGUCGUUGGAUGGUACCACACUGGUCCGAAACUUUGUCAGAACGACAUCGUAAUCAACGAGCAGUUGAAACGUUUCACGUGUAACCCUGUUCUUGUUGUUAUACAAGCUGAACCAAAAGAUUUAGGAUUGCCAACGGAAGCUUAUGUGGAGGUGCAAGAAGUUCAUGAUGAUGGUACACCACCAAUCAAAACUUUCGAGCAUGUUCCAAGUGAAAUCGGUGCUGAGGAGGCUGAAGAAGUUGGAGUUGAACAUCUUUUAAGGGAUAUCAAAGAUCAGACAGCAGGAACUCUUUCUCAAAGAAUUACUGAUCAAUUGAUGGGUUUGAGGGGUUUACAUGGACAGUUACUUGAUUUGCAGUGUUAUUUGCAUGAGGUAGCCGAAGGUAAACUGCCAAUCAAUCAUGCUGUUAUCUAUUACAUACAGGAAGUAUUGAAUCUUUUACCGGAUGUCACAUCGCCUCAAUUUGUUGAAGCACACAAUGUGCAGACAAAUGACCAGUUGAUGUGCGUUUAUAUAGGAUCUCUGGUACGAACUGUUAUUGCUCUGCAUAAUCUCAUCGAUAACAAGCUUUCACUACAAAAGAAUGAAAAAGAUAAAGAGAAAGUUGAAGGAGUAGAGAAGAAAGAUGAAAAUAAAGAAAAAAAAGAAAGUAAAGACGCGAAAGAUAACAAAGAAGGCAAUAAAGAAAAGGAAAAAGAGAAAGCUGCUAAAAAGCCACUGCUUUAAUCUUUCUGAUCAUUUCUACUGCUGAUCAUUGAUCGGCUUCUGUUUUAUGGCACCGCAAACUUUUAAAAAAAGGGGUUCUUUGUUCAUUCUUUGUUCAUUUUAAAGCAGAAACAAAUGAAAUGAUCAUACCUGGUGGAUUCAUCAAAUCAAAAAUCCCUUCUAGGUCCUUCUUGAGCAAUGAUUUUUCACUAAGUUUUGUGUGAUGCCAUCUGUUAUUCUCUCGAGAGAAGGCAUAUAAUGCUUUCUGGUAUUUUGAUUAUUACCGAUCCAAUUGCUUCUGGUUAUUGUUUGGUAUGAAGAGCGAUAAAACUUCAA